CUUCUGUUCGCCCUGACCCUGGGUGCUGUGUCUCCUUCAGAUGGACCUGAGGUCAAGCUGCAGCGUGGAAACUGUCCCAUGUUCUGGUUCAGCUACAACAACCGCUGCUACAAGUACGUGGCCACACAAAUGACCUGGGCUCAAGCAGAGCUCAACUGUGUGUCACAGGGAGCCAACCUGGUGUCCAUCCACAGUCUGGGGGAACAGAAUUUCGUCAAAGACCUGGUCAAGAACUUCGACCCUUCUGAGGGAAUCACCUGGAUCGGACUCAGCGACCUCCACGAACAAGGCAGAUGGAUGUGGUCUGAUGGUUGCGCGGCUAAAUUUUACCUUUGGUCUGCAGGAGAGCCAACCAACUACGGAAAUGAAGGCUGUGCUGACAACAACUAUCACGCAGACCAGAAAUGGAAUGAUCGAUCUUGUUAUGACCAUAUUCCCUUUGUUUGUGCAUCACGCAUAAUGUGUCCUCAGUGAUUGUUACGUCAGAUUCAACCUGAUCACUGAUCACCUGAUUGUUGUUGACAUGAAAUAGUCCUCGGCAAUAAAGAUACAAAUGCACACUU